AUGUCGAGGCCUCGGAUUGUUCGAGCUGAUACGCUUGACCUGCAGGAUCAGAACGCACCUUCGGCCAAGGAUCAUGCGACCCAGAACGUAAACCCGGCUCCUCUCGAUGGCGGCAUGGCUCCCCACCAAGAAUUGUCGAUUCGCCAUGCGGACCAAGAUACGCGCGCUGAGAUUAUGCACGGACCAACUGGCGAGACCGAUGGCUACGGCGAUGGUAUCGAUAUGUAUGACGACGACGAGGAUCCCGAUGAGCGCCAUCAUGAUCUGGGCGGAGGGUCUUCAGAGGAUGGCGAUCUUACAGAUGGGGAAGGCGAUGAUCUUAUGGACGACGACAUGGAUAAGAUAUCAAGUUCCCCGUCAAUUGAUGAUGAGGAUAUCGAUUUCGAAUUUGUAUACGCGUUUCAUAACUUUGUCGCUACUGUUGAAGGACAAGCCAAUGCAGCAAAGGGGGACACUAUGGUUCUCCUUGAUGACAGCAACACCUACUGGUGGCUUGUGCGGAUUGUGAAAGACGGCAGUAUCGGAUAUCUCCCAGCAGAACACAUCGAGACACCCACCGAAAGAUUAGCAAGGUUAAAUAAGCACAGAAACGUCGAUCUUUCUGCGACAAUGCUUGGCGACAACUCAGAGAAAUCCAAGAAUCCGUUAAAGAAGGCAAUGCGCCGUAGGAAUACGAAAAACGUUGUUUUCACUGCCCCUACAUACAUCGAAGCAUCUGACGUCGAAUACUCCACCGAGGACGAGGACGAUGGCGGAGGUUUCUACAUUGACGAUGAGGAUAUAGCAGAAACAGAUGAUAUCGAAGAAGGUCACGACGAAGACAUAGUAGUCGAACCUCUCAGACCGAAGUCGCAGCGAGAGAAAGAGGCACAGGAACCGGAGACCGUCCGAGAGAGUCAAGAAACAGAGCGCCAGAGCCCGGAACCGCGGCAAUCCGCUGAGGAAGCCAUGGAAUCAGAAGAAGAUGGUACUGUUAGCAGGUCCAGAAAUGGCACUGUGCGGAAUACGGAUUCGUUCUUCAAGGACGACACGGCCGAACCGAAGAAGAUAUCAUUGACACCCAAUCUUCUUCGUGAUGAAGGAAAUAAGGCUGCCAAUAGUGAGGGCAAGGAGGACCGUAGUAGUAUGGAGGCAAUUGAAAAGGUGCUUGCCGCCGAUGACAAGAAAGAGGAUAAGAAGCGGAAAGACAAGAAGCCAGGGAUGCUCAGUGGACUGUUCAAAAGAAAAGACAAGAAGAACAAGGCACCUGAGAAUGAGGGUGAGGAGCAGGAGAAACUUUCGUCGGAAACUUCACGGUCACCAAAGGCGUCUCUGGACUCAGUGUCGUCUCCCGAAGGUCGAUCCCCGAACAAUGGCAAGCUCCAAAAGCAGCCACCCGGGUCUAUAUCUCCUACGAAGAGGGACCCUCAGUAUGAAUCAGCCGCCCAAGAUGCUACGAGGGCUGUUCAAGGGGCAACGUCGACAACGAAAGGAAGUCAGUGGAUUCGACAAGUGGUACCUGAAGAGGAAGAAGAAGAAGAACCUGCCCAGUCUCCUCUGUCAUCGCCUCAGAGUGCAUCGAGUCCUAUCAAGCAGGCUUCCCCUCCUGUUCAGGCUCGCAACAUCGACGCUGUGGCUUCACCUAUUGAGGCGAAUAAUAGACUCUGGCAAGACGCAUUUGGGGAAAGGACGUCAACUCAACAACAGCCGAUCACAUCUCCCCAGAGAAUCUCAUCCACACAAAACCUGGGCUACCAAAACCGAGGUCUGGAGUCACCUAUUGAUGUAUCGCCAAUUGACCCUCAAGCUCGCAGUGGUGCACCAGGGCUCAUCUUCGAUUUGUCGCCCGAGAAGCGCUCCGACUCUCCAGUUUCCCCGCCUUCGUCUCCAGGCGCCGAUACCAACGGUCCGAACACCGACGACACGCGUUCUGCCACGUCUCCUCAGACCCCAACUUGGAGCGAUGCCAGCUUGCGAUCCUAUUUGGAUGAUGAUAAUGAUAUUCGUGACUUGUUCAUCAUUGUUCAUGACAAGUCCAAUGUUCCUCCGGCAGGACCUGAUCAUCCGAUAACAGGAAGUCUGUUCAAGGAGGAGAGCAAGAGACUGAGGGAGAUGACCGGUAGACUUGACGGGAUGCUGGCUGAAUGGGUAGGCCGCAAGUCGCAGAGUCAAAUGGUCAACCGCAUCUAA